AAUGUAAACGUCAUUGUCAUUGUUGACAACCUUCAAGAAAGACGCCGAAACAACUUCUUUUCACGAUUGGAACCGGUCCCGGAAUAAAACUCCUGCCAGGAUGUCGGAAGCGGGUCCCAGUUCUUCUCAACAGCCUCCCAAAAAGAAGCAGAAAAAAUUAACGGAACGCCAAAGGUUGAAGGAGGAGGAAAAGAGGCUGAGAUGGGUGGAACCGAAAGAUUUCGACAUGUCGACGGUUCAAAAACGGGACCCAAGACCGACAAGAGAGGCCGCCAAGGUCGAUUUCGAUGGAUACCUGAGGAGCAAAAAAUACCUCCGCGGCGAUGUGCGUGCGAUCGCCGAGGAUCCUACACUUUACUGCUUGGUGUCCGUGAAGGAAGACGUGUGUCCGAUUCCGGUGCGGCUUGGUCCGUUGGGUUACCCCAGGCAGUGGUUCUUGCACAAUGACCACUUCGACCCGUUGAAGGCAAACAUUAUGAAUCGGAACGCACAGGCACUGCUGUUGAGUGGCCCGAACGGACCGCGGGUGCAGGCAGUGAUAAAAGCAGACGGUUAUGCCCUGGUGCUGGCCAAGGAUGAGUUCACGGCGGAAUUUGUGCGCGGUUUGAUUCCUCUGCUGGCCAACGACGGCAUGGCGGUGAAGGAGGUAACGGAGCCGGAGAUCAAUGAAUUCAACGCAACCCGGAACGAACGGGUCGAUCCGAACAUCCUGAUCAAGUUUCGCAACCAUGGAUGGCAAAGAAGAAGGGGAGGUCCCGGAAAACGUGGAGGACGGGGCGGACAGGCACAGCGUGGAAAAGGACAGCGUCGUAAUGAUAGACAGUAUAAAACGAAUGGGCCACAGCAUUUUCAGGAACAACAAUCGGAUGGGGAAGACUUUGAUCCCGAAUUCAACGAGGAUUAUUGUUUUUGAAUAUCCUUGAAUUAUAUAUUAAUUAAAAAGAAGUUUGAAAUAGUUUG